CACUUUGCUGCUGUUGCUGCUGCCGCCGGCUCCGCUGCAGCUGCGUCUUGGCUGUGACUCGGUAAUCAUUCACGAUGGCGGAAGCUCACCAAGCUGUGGCCUUUCAGUUCACCGUCACCCCAGACGGGAUCGACCUCCAGCUGAGCCAUGAGGCACUUAAACAAAUCUGUCUCUCUGGACUUCAUUCCUGGAAAAAGAAGUUCAUCAGAUUCAAGAAUGGAAUCAUCACAGGCGUGUACCCGGCCAGUCCCUCAAGCUGGCUCAUCGUGGUGGUGGGCGUGAUGUCAACCAUGUACGCCAAGAUCGACCCCUCACUGGGAAUCAUCGCAAAAAUCAACCAGACCCUGGACAGGACUGGCUACAUGUCGGACCAGACAAAGAACGUUGUCAGCGGCGUCCUGUUUGGCACUGGCCUGUGGGUGGCGCUCAUCAUCACCAUGCGCUACUCCCUGAAGGUGCUGCUCUCCUACCACGGGUGGAUGUUCGACGAGCACGGCAAGAUGAGCCGCGCAACCAAGAUCUGGAUGGGUAUGGUGAAGAUUUUAUCAGGCCGAAAGCCCAUGUUGUACAGCUUCCAGACCUCGCUGCCACGCCUGCCGGUCCCAGCCGUGAAAGACACCGUGGACAGGUACCUGGAGUCUGUGAGGCCCCUCAUGAAGGAGGAGGACUUCAGACGGAUGACAGAGCUGGCGCAGGAUUUUGCCAUCAACCUUGGACCAAAAUUGCAGUGGUACUUGAAGCUAAAAUCCUGGUGGGCUAUGAAUUACGUGAGUGACUGGUGGGAAGAGUACAUCUAUCUCCGAGGACGAGGGCCGCUGAUGGUCAACAGCAACUACUACGCCAUGGACUUACUGUACAUUGUGCCGACGCACAUCCAGGCGGCCAGGGCGGGCAACACCAUCCACGCCAUCCUGCUCUACAGACGCCAGCUCGACCGGGAGGAACUCAAACCCCUUUGUCUUUUGGGAUCCACCAUUCCACUCUGCUCUGCCCAGUGGGAGCGGAUGUUCAACACUUCCCGGAUCCCGGGGGAGGAGACAGAUACCAUCCAGCACGUAAAAGACAGCAAGCACAUUGUUGUGUACCACAGAGGGCGCUACUUCAAGGUCUGGCUCUACCAUGACGGCCGGCUGCUGAAGCCCCGGGAGAUCGAGCAGCAGAUACAGAGGAUUCUGGACGAUCCAUCUGAGCCCCAGGCGGGAGAAGCGAAGCUGGCGGCACUCACUGCGGGAGAGAGGGUGCCCUGGGCCAGGUGCCGCCAAGCGUACUUUGCACGUGGGAAAAAUAAGCAGUCUCUUGAUGCCGUGGAAAAGGCAGCCUUCUUCGUGACGCUGGAUGAAACUGAGCAAGGGUACAGGAAGGAUGACCCUGACAUGUCCAUGGACGCCUAUGCCAAGUCUCUGCUGCAUGGCCAGUGUUUUGACAGGUGGCUACUGUUAAAUCUUUCUAUUAUCCCUGUAAAGAAGGAGGAUCUGUCUACUUCUGGAGGUCAAAUGCAUUUUAUUAACAAUAAUGAUCUUCCCUGUGUUUACUGCAUGUCUUCUGUUUGGCAGUAUGUCAUGGCCACUGACAGUUUCCAGCUGGGCUACGCAGAAGACGGGCAUUGUAAAGGGGACACCAACCUGAAUAUCCCGUACCCCACCAGGCUGCAGUGGGAGAUCCCGGAGGAGUGUCAAGAGGUGAUAGAGACUUCCCUGAACAGCGCAAACCUUCUGGCUGAUGACGUAGAUUUUCACUCUUUCCCGUUCAAUGCUUUUGGGAAAGGCUUGAUCAAGAAGUGCCGGACGAGCCCAGAUGCCUUUGUCCAGCUGGCCCUCCAGCUGGCUCAUUACAAGGACAUGGGUAAAUUCUGCCUGACGUACGAAGCCUCCAUGACGCGGCUCUUCCGUGAGGGCAGGACAGAGACCGUGCGCUCCUGUACCACAGAGUCCUGCAACUUCGUGCUCGCCAUGAUGGACCCGGGCCAGACAGUGGAACAGCGCCUCAAGUUAUUCAGGAUGGCCUCUGAGAAGCAUCAGCUGCUGUACCGCCUCGCGAUGACGGGAGCUGGUAUCGAUCGCCAUCUCUUCUGUCUCUAUGUGGUAUCCAAGUACCUGGCCGUUGACUCCCCUUUCCUGAAGGAAGUCUUAUCUGAGCCGUGGAGGUUGUCAACCAGCCAGACCCCUCAGCAGCAGGUGGAGCUGUUUAACCUGGAAAGGAAUCCAGAUUACGUGUCUAGUGGAGGGGGCUUUGGCCCGGUUGCUGACGAUGGUUAUGGUGUGUCGUACAUUCUCGUAGGAGACAAGCUCAUCAAUUUCCACGUAUCUUCCAAGUUCUCCAGCCCUGAGACUGACUCUCAUCGCUUUGGGAAGCACCUGAAACAAGCCAUGAUGGACAUCAUCAGUCUGUUUGGGUUCAGUUCUAACUCCAAAAAGUAAUUCCACAGAGCCGCUCCGGAGGGGAGUGAUCUCUUUUCCUAAAAACCAAAUGAAAAAUAGGUAUUAACCCUGAGGGUAGUUCAGGGUGAAAAAUUGCUCUUAAAAAAAACUCAAGUUUUCUUUCCAGCAAGGGUUUGGUGUUUUUGUUUUUCUAGAACAGUAGCCUCCACCAUGUGAAGUAUAACCCUAUUGCUUCCGGGUGUGUCUUCAUCCACUUCCGGGUCGCUCUGUGACCAUCUGGUAAAGUCCUCCUAAAGUCCUGGCACUGGGUUGGGUUCAUGAAGGAAUCAGAAUGUUGCUGAACUCAUUGAGGAAUUAGUGGGGUUGUGACUUCACAUUUAUUGGAAAUGGCAACAGCACGUCUCCUCAGUGGGGACCAAAUACCUGGGACUGAAGGGUAUUUAAGUUUAUCAGAGCAAUGUCACCGUUUGUUUUGUUAAAAGAAAAAGGGUUGUCCAAGUCGGAGAUGCUAAGAGUCACAGCUAGCACUCAUGUAACACAUUAACUAAACAUGCUGUGCUUUUGGAAACAGGUGGUUGUCACUGUGGGUAGCUCUGUCAUUGUCUAGUCUGGUAGUCUUUGCGUUUGCCUCUCUGUUUUCAGCAAGUAGUGGUCACAUCUGUAGCUUUUCUGACCUUGCAUGUCCUCAAAACCCAGUGCCUUAAUCAUGAAGGGCCCUAAAUGCUAGGGAGACUGAAGGACUUAUUUGUGGAAUUGUCAGUGUAUCACUCCCUUCUCAGUUUAACUGAGGACAGAUAACCCUAAAUACACUUUUUCCUGUGGUUGCCCCCUACCCAUACAAAGACCCCUUCCCUUAUGAGGGCAGCUGUGCUGGAUUCCCCUAAUUGGAAUGCCUUCCUUUCAUAACAAAGCAACAAAAGAACUAAGUGGCGUGUGACAGAGCUGGGGAGCAAGGGACAAAAUGGCCAAAUACUAUGUGUCCAGGGAGUUCACCGAAGAAAAAAAAUGUAAUGUGUGCCUCAGGAUUACUUUAGCUUCCCCCAACCAGAGGAGAGCACAAGAUUUACCACCCAGAAAGGAGCAGAACCUGAGAAGUGGCCAGGAAGAUUACUGAAUCCCACCUGGUGAGAGAGAAGACCGCUCUGGGGGCCAUGGGAACCAUCUGCCACGUCAUCUUGGUGACAGAUUGCACUGCUGCGAGUCACGGGUGCUAGGUCUCCACACAGUCUGUCCUUUCAAUAGGCGUGCCUUCAUCGGAGAGAGUCACAUUGACCAAAACACAAUUAUGCACUGAGUCUUCUUCAGUAUUUGAUGUAAAAAUAAAGUAUCAUGGAAUGAAAUUCCCACUGCCUCUGGCCGCAGUGACAAGCUUGCCCCGUCCAUGUUUUUAAUUGUGUAUUUAUUUUUCUGACCACUUUUGUUCUUGUGGGGCUUGCCUCCUGAAGAGUUCUGCCCUCCAGUUUGACAAACACGAGGGCUGAGCUAUCAGAGUGGACGAAGGCGCUUGCUAAAGAGCAUGUACGUAUUCUAUUUGUGUAUAUUUUGUAAUGUAAAAAUCCCCCCUAAACGGGCCAAAGAUUUUUUUUCUCUCCUAAAAACAAGAAGAAAUGAAAACAAAACAAUACCAACCACCGUAACAAAACCCCCCCGAUCGUUCACGGUGCAUAAUCAAGGAGGUUUGCAGGGGGGAAGCCCCUCUCCCCAGGGCAAAUACAGCUUCCAAUCCAACGCCGCAGUUGGCCGGCGUUAACCAUCACCAUGCACUCUGCACUAAACCACUGACCAAUCUGUAUUACCGUAGAGUUGGCACACGAAUUCAAGUGUACACAUGUUAGCAGUCAGAUAUAUCUGGGCUUGUCUCUCAGGUUUAAAUGUUUCAAAUGUCAUUGUAGUUAAUCAGUGCAGUUAUCAAUGCAAUUUUAUAUUCCUUAAAAGAAGGAAGAGUGAGUUUUUAUUGUACAUGUUGAGCAGGGAAGGGAAGAUUAUUAUGUGUUUAAUUUAAUUUGGAACAAAUCAUAGUCCUAACAGAGCUGUGGGUUGCGUUUGUGAUCUCGGACUGCCCAUUGCCUGUACAUACAAUAUGUUCUUUAGGAUGUAAAUCUUAGAUAUGCACAGUGUGAGUAGGUUAUCAUUAAUAAAAUUAUUAAUCUCA